AAGAACCUUAAAGAAAUGUUUGUAGAGUGGAAAUUCAGAAAUAAACACAUUUUCUUCUAUGAUGGAGAUAAAAAUGAAUCCAGCCCCAACAGUAACUUUUCGAGUGCAUACAUCGUACCAGACGCACUGCUAACAGGCAAAGCCUCUUUGAUGAUGGACAAGAGCGAUGCUGUCCCAGGAAACUACACUUGUGAAGUAACAGAAUUAACUGGAGAAGGCAAAACCACUGUAGAACUAAGAUAUAUUGCUGCUUUAUGGUUUUCUGCAAAUGACCAUGCCCUUAUUAUUAUUUUCUCAAUGUUGGCUGUGCUUCUGUUCUGGGGAAGUGAUAUUACUGUGAUACUUAAAUAUAAUUCCAAUAUUAUGAAGGAGAAAAUCAUCAUUAUAUCUGUGGCUGGACUAGUUCUCAGUAUAUUAGUCAUUGUUGGAGCCGUUUUCUUCAUCCCAGGUGAAUAUUCAAAAAAGAGGACCAGUGGACUUGGCUUAAUUGUAGUUUCUACAGUAAUAUUAAUAUUACUUCAGAUCUCUAUGUUUAUGAUAGCUCCAGCUAUUGGGAUGUCCUCCUUCAGUAUCACCAUAUUGAUCCUUCAGGUGCUGGGCUUUGUGCUCUCUGUGGUCGGACUAAGGCUCUGUGUCUCAGAGUGCAUCCCAGUGCAUGGUUCUCUUCUGAUUUCAGGCUUGGGUAUUACAGCCUUAGUGGCAUUACUUGGAUUAGUUUAUAUAUUUGUUGCCUCGGAUGGAGAGAUCAUAGACUACCUCCUCCACUCUCUUCACGUCGUACUUCAAGCCAUGGUAGCGCUUCCUCAGGGAGUCGUUUUUCAGGUUGAGGAGGCUGAACCCGGAAUCCAGCUCAUUGAUGAAGGUGGAGAUGUGAAGGGGCCGGGAGUAGUCUCCAGCAGUCACACUGUUGACAGACAGCCUCGACAGUUCACUAGCAAGAAUUAG